AAACAUAUAGUCUAUCGAAAAUGUCGCACGAUCUGUGACGUCAUCGCGUUAGUUACGCCAACAAAAGGCGACACUAGUUUUAGCGCUAGGACGUGGUGCGCCUGAAGAAGAUGGCUCCAUCACCUACCAAACGCAGGGAGCGGUCAGAAGAUAAAGCUCGAGAGAGGGGCAAAGAUAAAGCUGUGGUGAAGGAAGGUGCGGAGAAAGAGAGGGGCAGAGACAAGAACCGCAAGCGACGCAGUAACUCCACUGGGAGCAGCAGCAGCAGGUCUAGGUCCAGUUCCAGCUCCAGCAGCAGCUCUGGUUCCAGUUCAGGUUCCUCAAGUGGCUCCAGCUCCUCUUCAGGCUCUAGUCGCUCUGGCUCGUCCAGCUCAUCGCGGUCCUCCAGCUCCUCUGGCUCCUCAGCAUCACCCAGCCCGAGCCGACGUCGGCAUGACAAUCGCAGGCGGUCGCGUUCAAAGUCUAAGUCUCAGAAGAGAGUUGAUGAAAAAGAACGGAAAAGGAGGAGCCCUAGCCCUAAGCCCACCAAGCUUCAUGUUGGAAGACUGACAAGGAAUGUCACCAAGGAUCACAUUCAAGAGAUCUUCUCUACGUAUGGGAAGAUCAAAAUGAUUGACAUGCCAUCAGACCGAUGUCAUCCAAACUUGUCGAGAGGUUAUGCCUACGUCGAGUAUGAAACUUCAGAGGAUGCCCAGAAGGCCCUGAAACACAUGGAUGGAGGUCAAAUAGAUGGUCAAGAAAUCACAGCGACAGCUGUCCUCACUCAGAGGAUGCGACCUGCCCCUCGCAGGCUGUCCCCUCCACGUAGGAUGCCUCCUCCUCCACCCAUGUGGCGCCGUACUCCACCUCGCAUGAGGAGAAGGUCUCGGUCACCACGUCGCCGUUCCCCAGUAAGAAGACGAUCUCGCUCAAGAUCUCCGGGGCGCAGACGCCAUCGCUCACGUUCCAGCUCCAACUCUUCACGAUAGAGAAGUCCUCCCCAAGAUUUGCAAAAGCUUGUAGUUCAGUGUCUCACCUUAGUUUGUUUACAGCAACAAGGAAGACACUUAAUUCUGUAGUUUGAAUGGACAGAAUCUACUAAUUUUGAUCUGAGUGAUAAAUGAAUCCUCUUUUUUGCUUUCCUUCAGAAUUUGGCCUGUAUCCAUCACAUUUUGUUCAGUUGAGUCAAUGUGUGCAUCAAUUUUAAGCUUUACUCUCUGUGUAGUGUGCAUAAGGAAAAUGUUGCUGUUCUUAUUUGACAUACACAGCUAGUGCCAGCAUACAAGUUUUUCUUUCUAUUAUUGUUUUUUUUUUUUUUUUUUUAAAGUAGUUUUAAGGUUACUGGAAGCUGAUUACAUUACAUGUCUGUAUUGAUUAAAAUUCCAGCGUGUAUUGAUUAAA